AUGUCGUUUAAUUAUUCUUCAAUUAUUGAUGAACAUAUGUCUCGUGAUGAUCCUUUAUUUUGGAGUCGUCCAACACCAGUUGAUUGUAAUCCGAUUCGUAUUGUUGGCAUAUUUUUAUGUAUUGCUGCAGUGAUUGGUACUGUUUUUAAUGGAGCUUUAUUUUACAGUUUUGUACGAUACAAAACUCUUCGUUCACCACCAAACAUAUUCGUUAUGUUUAUUACGGGUAUAGGUCUUUUUGCUUCAUGCACAAUUUUUCCACUGACAGGCACAUCUUCAAUUUAUUGUCAAUGGUUAUAUCAACGUCUUGGUUGUCAAUUAAGUGCUAUUAUUGCAUAUUUUUAUGGAUGUUCAAGUGCUUAUUUACUCUGUGCAGCAAGUCUUAGUCGACUUUAUAUUAUUGUUCGACCAUUUCAAGCUAAAAAUGUCACUGUACUACUUAUUUCUUUUAUUUGGACUAUGCUUCCGGUUAUGGGAUGGAAUGAAUAUACAAUGGAGGGAACUCGUACUUCUUGUUGUAUAAAUUGGUACGAUCGACGUACUUCUUAUAUUACAUUUAUUGGUUUUCUUUUCAUUGUUGUCUAUUGCAUUCCGCUUCUAAUUCUCAUUACUGCAAAUACAAUGACUUGGCUUGGACUUAAACGAAUGAACGUUAGAAUAACAAAUGGUUUUCAAACAGCAUUUACUCGAAAACGAGUUGAAAUGGAACGACGCAUUCUUAAAAUUGUUGUAAUUACAACUAUUGGAUUUAUUUUCACAUGGACUCCUUAUGCAAUAACAUUUUUUCUUUCGGCAUUUCGAGGUAAAGAUUAUGCUAUACCACCAAUGACAGUUUUCGUUUGUGCAUGUUUCGCCAAAACAUCAGUUGUAUGGAUUCCAAUGCUUUAUGCUAAUACAUCGACUCACUUUCAAUUAAAUUUUACUGUUCGAGAGAGAUCGGAUCAAUCAACAGGAAUUACAGAAGGAGGCGCAGCAAUACUAGCCAAUGUAUUGGUACUAAUUCGGGAAAAUGACGAAAUGGAAAUGAAUGCCAUUACAGAUAAGACGUGUGACAUAUAA